GCAGAGACGAAGCAUAGACGAAGCAACACGAAGUGGCAGAGGCAGAAGUAGAAGAACAAGAAGAAAAAGAAGAAGAAGAAGAAGCAGCAGCAAAGGUUGCGUUUGUCAAAAAGCAAUUUGAAAUAUUUCUAAUACAAAGACACUGAGAGUUGGAAGCUGUUCUCGAGGAACUCUUUCCGGAGGCAGCAGAAAUGUAUUCGGCGGUGAAGCCACUUUCAAAGUAUCUGCAAUUUAAGUCCAUUAGGAUAUAUGACGCCGUUUUCACCAUCCAUUCAAAGUGUACGGUUGUUAUAUUAUUGACAUGUUCGCUAUUGCUAUCGGCCCGUCAAUAUUUCGGUGAUCCCAUACAGUGCAUUAGCGAGGAGAAGAAUAUCGAAUAUGUGCAAUCCUAUUGCUGGACCAUGGGCACCUACAUUCUAAAAUGGGAGAGCUAUAGCGAGCGUCAGUUAAAGUUUCCGACAGUGCCGCAGACGCGCGCCGGUCGGCGUCGAAUGGCCGACUAUAAUGAGGCCUAUGCGCGUGCUCUCUCCAUAGCCGAGGGCGUGGGCCCGGAGGUGCACGGCGUAACGGAGCGCGAAUAUCUCCGCUACUAUCAGUGGGUCAUUAUAUUGUUGCUUUUUCAAUCCUUCAUCUUCUACUUUCCAUCCUGUCUGUGGAAGGUGUGGGAGGGACAGCGACUCAAGCAGCUCUGCUCUGAGGUCGGCGAGGCCCUACUCUCCGAGGAGACCUACAAUACCAGACUGCGACUGCUGGUCAAGUACUUUACCACCGACUAUGAGGAUAUGCAUCUUUGCUAUAUGGCCAAAUAUGUGCUAUGUGAGGUCCUCAACUUUCUCAUCAGCGUGUUGAACAUCAUUGUCUUGGAAGUCUUUCUCAAUGGGUUUUGGUCGAAAUAUAUGCACGCGUUGGCGACCAUACCUUUCUAUGACUGGGAUCGCUGGAAUCGCGUCUCCUCGCGUGUCUUCCCCAAAAUCGCCAAGUGUGAGGUGCUCAAGUAUGGAUCGAGUGGUACCGCCACCAUUAUGGACAACCUCUGCAUAUUACCACUCAACAUACUGAACGAGAAGAUCUUCGUAUUCCUCUGGUGUUGGUUCCUGCUCAUGGGCAUCAUGUCGGGCGUGAACCUCAUCUGCCGCUUCAUGAUGAUGCUCAGUAAAAGCCUGCGGGAGCAGAUGAUACGCAGUCAGUUGAGAUUCAUGACCAAACGCCAUGUACAGCGGGCACUACGAGAUCUUACCAUUGGCGAUUGGUUUCUCCUUAUGAAGGUCAGCGUCAAUGUGAACCCCAUGCUUUUUCGGGAUCUCAUGCAGGAGUUAUGCGAACUACGCACCUCAUCCUCCGUCUGCAUACUGGAGAGCGCAGUUUGAAACUCUAUCGAUCAUUGAACAUCGAUUAUCGAUCACCGCUCA